CUCUUUAUCGUAUAUUUCUUAGGGGACGCUGCUCCAUAAACAAGCAACAUGUCAAUCCGCCCGGUCUACAGGCCGACAAUCGUUAAGAAGAGGACAAAGAAGUUCAUCAGGCAUCAAAGUGAUCGCUAUGACAAGCUGAAGCGCAACUGGCGUAAGCCCAAAGGUAUCGACAACAGAGUUCGUAGGCGCUUCAAGGGGCAGUACCUCAUGCCAAACAUUGGUUAUGGAUCUAACAAAAAGACCCGUCACAUGUUGCCCACUGGAUUCCGCAAGGUCCUUGUACACAAUGUUAAGGAGUUGGAGGUCUUGAUGAUGCAAAAUCGCAAAUUUUGCGCUGAAAUCGCGCACGCAGUCAGUAGCAAGAAACGUAAAGCUAUUGUAGAACGUGCCCAGCAGCUCUCCAUCCGUGUAACGAAUGCCAAUGCUCGUCUGCGCUCUGAAGAGAACGAAUAAACUAUACCAUCUUAACGAAAGGCUAAUAAAAAUUUUAAAAUAC